AUGAAGUCCCUCAGGCGGUCUCUCAACCACGAAAAAAGCAACGGCUCGCCUCAACCAUCCCCGCCUCUUCCCACGUCCCAAUCUGCAACUCCCCAUGUCCUCGGAAGACCGUCCGAGAAAGUCGCCCCUCCGCAAAAGGUCAUUAAAGCCCUCGCAUCUCACCAGAGCACCAACCCCUCGGAGCUGAGCUAUAACAAGGGCGACUUUUGGUAUGUGACGGGCGAGAGGGGAAGCUGGUAUGAGGCUCUAAAUCCUCUGACUGGAUCGAGAGGCGCUGUUCCCAAGCAAGAUUUUGAAGAGUUUGUCAAAGGAGGAAAGCAUCCCGCGGGGGCCAAGUCAAUCGACGUAGGAAGCUCCAGACCAAACACCCCUUCGCAUCUACAAAACUCUCUCCAGAACAACCCAAGAUCUCCCGGUCCCGGCAUGGUGUCUCCUCCAAUGUCUGCCGACAGUGCUCGCUCUUCCAAAAGCCCGGUGUAUGCCAUCGUCCAGUACGACUUCCAAGCCGAAAGGCCCGACGAGCUCGAAGCAAAGAAAGGAGAGCCAAUUGUCAUCAUGGCUCAAUCAAAUCAUGAGUGGUUUGUUGCCAAACCCAUAGGCAGACUCGGUGGUCCUGGUCUCAUUCCUGUCGCCUUUGUCGAGGUCAGAGAUCCCAAGACUGGCCAGCCUGUCAGCAUAGAGCCCAAUUCCAUCCCCAUGGUUGAAGAAUGGAAGAAGAAAACGGCGGACUACAAGGCGGCUGCUAUUCCUCUGGGCAAGUUUGACAUUGGUCCCGGUGUCACCAAUUCACCGUAUGCCCCCAAUCCUGGCAGCGCCAAUGAGUCUCAAACCUCCCUCUCGCGCACAGGAUCUACCUCUGCUACUCUUGUCAACCCGGUGACUGGUAGCGCUUCCACCUCUACCACCCCUGCCCCUACCGAGCGCUCGUCAAGACGCGCCUCGUACGUGCCGGUAAAAAAUGAAAUGCUCCCUCCUGGCAAUUUGACAUCCAUGUCGGUCCUCUCGUUCCAUCAGGAAAACGGAGUCUACUGGUUCCGGCUCAAUGUCAAUUUCGUGCCCGACGACCCUACGGCAUCUGCUUACUCUUUCGGGCUUUACCGCUCGUACGAGGACUUUUACGACUUUCAAAUCGCCCUCCUCGAUACUUUCCCCUAUGAGGCCGGUAGGCCUGGUUCCGGGAACGGCCGAGAAACACCCGAGCGUAUUUUGCCGUAUAUGCCCGGGCCUGUCGAUUAUGAGAUUGACGACGAGUUGACCGAGUACCGCCGAGAAGAGCUGGACGUAUACGUCAAGGAGCUUCUGGAUCUCAAGUCAAAGGGUGCCGGACCUGUUGUGCGGCAUGAGCUUUUCAGGACGUUCUUUGCCACGCGACAUGGUGAUCACUACGAAAAGAUCUCUCGGGAAGACGCGGUGGAGGAGCUGCAAGAGCAGCUGGCAGAUGUCCAGCUCGACCCAAGGCUGAGCGGAGGUUACUCCCCUAGUGCUAUCCGCUCCCAAUCAGCUGCCUCUCGCCAUUCCCAAACAUACAACCAAUACCGCCACUCUCCCCAAGCCUACCAAGGCCACGCCGCGUCAAGAAGUGUCUCUUCCCGUGGUGCUUCGCCUCUACCGCAAGUGGAGACGCAUGAGCGAUCAGACUCUUAUGGCCGUCCGACCUCGGGCCGGCAAUCUGGCGCGGCGCACUACGUGUCGGGUGGGCCGUCUACUGGCGGUACCGCUUCGUCUUGGGGUAUCAACAACGGUCCUCUAUCAGCAUCUACUGUCCCCACGGCACCCGGCACUGCGCCACAGCAAGCUGGCCCGCCGCCUUAUAUCAAGAUCAAAAUAUACGACAGGGCGACGGAUGACCUGAUUGCUAUCAGAGUGCACUCGGCGGUUACCUACGCAGACUUGUUUGAAAAGGUGCGGGCGAGGCUGGGGCCGGGGGUGUCGGUGUUGAGGUACCGGGUGUCGAUGAAUGGGCAAGAGGGAUAUAGAGAAUUGAGGGAUGAUGCGGAGCUGAGUGGAUGGCUAAGAACGGAAGGGCAGAAAUUGGUGUUGUAUGCGGAGCAAUGA